GACAGUGAUGACGAUGUGGAUGACGAGUGGCAGCUGGCACAGGCUGAGAGGCUCAUGGACGAGUUUGAGGACGUGACGCCCAGGGAGAAAGCUUUCAUGAAGCUGUGGAACAGAUUCGUUCAUAGGCAUGCCAUCCUUGCCGACUUUCAGGUCCCUGUCGCCUGCGAGACCUUCGCACGGAACUUUGGGCAGCAGCUGAUUGAGCAGGGACUCAGAGACGAGCUCCUGUUUCAUCUGUUUGCUCUCUGGGACUUCAACCUGGUUGAC